AUGGCAGCUGAGACGGCGCUGUCGGGGUAUGAACCGUACUUCAAGGGUAUGAAGCUCUAUCAAAGUUAUGCCCUUGGAUACUGGGGCUGCCCAUGCAGGGCCACGACUUUUGUGGUAACCUUUGCAACGCACGGAAAUGUGCAGAUUAUGGUUGCGAUCAUCAUGGAGGGCUCCCGAGGGGACGUUCAGCCGUAUCUCGUGGCGGCUCUGGCACUGAAGGAGGCUGGCUACUCAGUCUUGGUUCUCGGCCCUACCGACUGUGCCCCCUUCGCGGCACAGUUCGGGCUCGACUACUUCGACCACUACACGAUCAACACCAAGGCCGUGGUCACAUCUCCCUCAUUCGUCGAGGCAUACACCACCAACAACUUCUUCAAGCUCACGAAGAGCAUGACGGAGUGCAAGGAUAAGCACCGAGAAGAUUUCGUUGGCAGGAUGAUCACUGUUUUGAAGAACUUCCAGCCGGAUCUCAUCAUUGGCUGCUACCUGGUCAUCUGCGACUGCCUCACUAUGGGUCUCGCCUUGCAGAAGCCGGUGCUCUUCUUGGGCCUGCAGGUGAUGAUUGCCAGCAACUACCUGGCACCUUUCGGCAUGUUCCCGAAGUUGCCAGCGUUCAUGAACAUGAACUAUCGCUUAUGGUACUGGCUCUGCGAGCACUUCGCCGAGGAGCUCAACAGGUGUGCCCUUUAA